AUGGGCGAGGCACCACAUUUCUGGAUUGAAGACCGAUGUGUAGACGCACCAAGGCCGCUGAGGGCGGUGGUGAUUGGAGCAGGAAUAUCAGGAAUCCUGGCGUCUAUCCGGCUUCCUCAGCGGGUUCCAGGUCUAUCUCUGCAGAUUUACGAGAAGAACCCGGACGUUGGAGGCACCUGGUUUGAAAACAGAUAUCCUGGAUGCGCAUGUGACAUCCCUGCACACACAUAUCAGGCGACCUUUGAGCCGAAUCACGAAUGGAGCCAGUUCUAUGCGAGCGCCCAGGAAAUCCAUCGGUAUUGGAAAAAGGUGGUGGCGAAAUACAACUGUAUGAGGCACAUCAAACUCAACCAUAAGAUUGCAUCUGCCGCUUGGAAUGAAGCGGGAGGCAAAUGGGAGGUUCAAGUUCAAAAUCUGGAAACCGGAGAGACAUUCACAGAUGUCUGCGAUGUGCUGGUAUCCGCCACCGGGGCUCUGAACGACUGGAAGUGGCCUCAGAUUCCUGGCCUUCGGGAUUUCAAGGGCAAGUUACUCCAUAGCGCCAAAUGGGAUGAGACGUUCGACUGGACGGGCAAAAGAUUGGCAGUGAUUGGCAACGGGUCAAGUGGGAUUCAAAUCGUUCCAGCAGUCCUCGCCAAAUCAACUCAUAUCGACCAUUACAUCCGGGGCCGAACGUGGUUAGCUCCUACGUUUGCUCGCGAGAAGGUGGAUCAGAUGGGGAAAGGAUUGGACAAUUUUUCGUUCUCAGCAGAAGACAUCAGCCGCUUCAAGACAGACCCAGACUUCUACGAGAAAUUCCGAAAAGACAUCGAACUCGAACUCCAGUCAGUCCACGCGGUGACCAUUAAGGGCUCACCCGAGCAAUUGGGCGCGGUCGAGAUAUUCACCGAAAACAUGAAGCGAAGACUGGCCGGAAAGCCGUUGCUGGCAGAUACUCUCCUGCCAUCGUUCCCACCCGUCUGUCGCCGGCUGACGCCAGGACCCGGGUACCUUGAAGCGCUCACCGAUCCCAAAGUGGACGUCAUCACCAACGGCAUCCGCGAAGUGGUCAGCGACGGGAUCAUCACCACCGACGGAGAGCAUCGGCCGGUCGACGCGAUCAUCUGCGCGACGGGCUUUGAUACGACAUUUUGUCCUCGGUUUCCCAUCACCGGCAAAGGCGGCGUCGAUCUGGCAGACAAGUGGAAGCAAGUACCCUCGACAUAUCUCUCGCUAGCCACCGACGAGUUUCCCAACUACUUUAUUUCCCUGGGCCCGAACUCGGCGUUGGGAACCGGCAAUCUGCUGCUGCUGAUCGAGAAGGCCAUCGACUACAUCACGUUGUGCUUGGCCAAGAUGCAGAGAGACAACAUCCGGAGCAUGGCGCCUCGGCCGGACGCGGUCAAGGGAUUCGUCGAAUACUGCGACGCAUAUUUCCAAACCACCGUCUUCAGUCUCGAUUGUCGUAGCUGGUACAAAGGUGGAACAUCGGAUGGUCGAGUCAGUGCGCUGUGGCCAGGAUCUUCUCUGCACGCAAUGAGGGUUCUGACGCAUCCACGGUGGGAAGACUUUGUGUAUGAGUACGUGAAUGACAACCCGUGUGGGUGGCUGGGCAAUGGCUGGACACUGGAGGAAAAGGAGAAGAGGGUCAGGGUUGAUUAUCUCAACAAGGAUCAGAUCGACUUUCCUCCUGUGCCGACGACGGCAGAAACAGAGGCUGAGACGACUUGA